AUGGAACCACGGAAGAGAUAUCAGCGCAAGGUUGUACUCAGGAAUCGUAUGAAGAAAGUUUGGAACAUAGAGAUAACUUAUACAGGAGAUUGUUGUUUUUUCAAGCAUGGUUGGGCGAAAUUCGUAAAGGAUAACUCUUUCAUCAAUGGAGAUACAUUGGUUUUUAUCUAUGACCAUCCUACUGUGUUUGACUUCUUCGUACUUGACUCAUCCGGCUGUGAAAAGAUAAUAAUUGAAGGUGAAGAAGCUCGAGUGAAGGGGUUGAAAAAUAAUAACGGCAAUGAUGUUAAUUUUCAAGAUAAUGCUUUUUUGGUAGAGUUUGAUGUCAAUAUAGUCACUCAAGUUAAGAAAGACGAGGAUGAGAUAGAUGUAGAAGAAGAGAACAAUGAUGUUGGCUUUUAA